UAGCUGAAAAAGUACACCUUCUGAAUUUGAAGUUUUACAUUAUUUUCUCAAAAUUCUGUAAAAAAAUUAUGAAUCGAUUAUUUUAAUCACACUGGUAGAGUCUUCCAGCCUAUCGUUAAAGACUAUGAUGUUUAUCGCUCGUCGCAUCUCAUAUAAAUAAAGUAAUACAUGCUGCAAGAAGCUGAAAGUGGUCACGUACUCUUUGUUCCAAGCUUUCUGAGAAAAUGGUUCGGCUGCACGUGAAGAAAGGCGACGAGAGCCAGUUUCUGUACGACACACUCGUGGAGGCUCGGAUUGAAGACAUUAUAUACGACAUUACUAUUAUUUACAACGGUCGGCUGAAAGUCUCAAGAAUAUGUUAUGAAAUCGAGGAGCUGAUCAAGCACGGCACCAUGCUGCCCCAUGACAUGAUGGGCCUCACCGACGAACAGGUUGAGGAGCUGAAGCUCAAGGACGAGUGGGGUGAAAAAUGCGUGCCGAUAGGCGGAUGGACCUUUAACAAGGACGUUAUAGGCCGCAGAAAUGGCAAACAGCCUAACGUGAAGAUGCAGGAGGUCUUGAAGAAAACGAUCGAAGAGGCACGAACUAUGGUUUCGAAGAAGUUGGUGCAGCAAGAAAAGCUGGUGACACAGAAAACCGUGCAAGAGGCAUUGGACAUUCUAAGGGGUGCCGUGACGAUUGUUUAUCCAAUGGGGCUUCCUCCUCAUGAUAUUAUCCGUCAGGAAUUCGAGAACACGGAGGAUUUGAGCGGCACUCAAGCAUCGCUCGAGGUUAUAGAUGUGCAACUGGCACAACUUUGGUUCUCAGGAAAAGAAUUAUUACCAGGGACGAAAUUAAAGGAUUAUGUCGGGAUGAACGAAAAGACAAAGAUUAUUAUCAAGCUACAGAAAAGAGGAGGCGGAAGACCUGCUCGUGAACCAUUAAUGUCAGAAGAGGAAAGGAAACAACUAAUGCUACACGCCUAUAAGCGACAGGAACAGCUCAAGGUAAGUGAAGCUUCCGUUUUGUUGAUAAAGUAGUUUUCUCUUUUGUACG